GCCAAUUUCCGUUUCCGCCUUCGUGUCCGCUGGAGGAGGGUGGCCGCGGCGGGGCAAGCCGGGCAGGGAGUAGCGGGGCUGUGGCUGUCCCCGGGGCCGCUCCGCCGCCAUGGAGACGCUGUUCCGCUUGCCCUUCGCCGUGCUCGAGUGCCCCAACAUCAAGCUGAAGCGGCCGAGCUGGGUGCACAUGCCCUCGGCUAUGACCGUUUACGCGCUAGUGGUGGUGUCCUACUUCCUCAUCACCGGAGGGAUUAUCUAUGAUGUGAUUGUGGAACCUCCCAGCGUGGGGUCGAUGACAGAUGAACACGGGCACCAGAGGCCAGUGGCCUUCUUGGCCUACAGAGUAAAUGGACAAUAUAUUAUGGAAGGGCUUGCAUCCAGCUUCCUCUUCACAAUGGGUGGCAUAGGAUUCAUCAUUCUGGAUCGAUCCAAUGCACCAAAUAUCCCCAAGCUGAAUAGGUUUCUUUUGCUCUUUAUUGGAUUUGUCAGCGUGCUCUUGAGCUUCUUCAUGGCCAGAGUUUUCAUGAGGAUGAAAUUACCGGGCUACUUGAUGGGUUAGUGCUUCUUGUGAUGUAUGAAAGUUUGAGCUGAAUUUACUCCUCUUCAGGAAAUGUUUAAGAAGAAGCACCAAAAAACAAAUUCCACGGUCACCAUCAACAGGAAAGAAACCUUACCAUGAGGAACAACUGGGGAAAGAGUACUUUCUCUGCAAAUAAGCUCUCACUACCAGUGGCUGAUUUGUAGCUUUGAAGCAAUGUAUUACCAUGCUGUUUCAGAGCUUUUGAAAAGAGCAAGUUCCCUAACUGGGUUUUUCUUUUAUAUCCCAACUCAGGAUGAAAUAGAGAACCCAUCUCUAGCUCCACUUGAAAUGAGUGUUAGCCAUUGGCUUGACAGUUCUUUGUUGCAGGUCUGUCUCCUUUUCCCUGUGUGACACACUUAUAUGUGUGAAUUGGAGAGAAGAAACACUAGAAACAUUUCUUUCCAAGUUAUAAUUAGAAAAUUAGUAACCUUGGGUGCUUUACAGUCAAAAUACAAUGUGUUUGAAAUGGUAUCAAAGGCACUUUUUGCCUUGAUAUUAAUGGCUGUUUGUGAGCAAAUCCAGACAUGCACUGGGAAAGGAAAACUGUAUGAAUGUGCAUUUCUUUUUGAAAAAGUGUAUGAAAGGAGCCAAAUAAAACUUAUUUUCUACAAAAUUAUUCAAUGCAAUUUUUGAAGGGUUUUUCUGUGUGUGCUCGACCAGGCUUGAGAUGCCAUGACCAUAUAGUUUCAGCUUUAUUUUUCACUGUUUGAUAAUGUUUUGUUUUAGUUUUUUUUCAAUAUCAGGGACAAGAAACCUCACAUUUUCCAUGAACUUGUACUGUGUCCAGAUGACAUACUGUUACUGGUAGCCAAGAAAACUUUUGAAGCUGUUGUUUUUUUGUGCGAGAGGCAAAGUUCUAACUUCCUUUGUCUUAAUUUUAAAAGAUUGAAUGUUACUAUCACAUUUCACUGAAGUACUGCAUUUUAGGGAAGGAAAUAUCUCUCUAAAUCUCCAUAAAUGUCUUUUUUGCAAGUAAUAUGUUUUUAAAGCACUGUUUUCAUUUGUAUAAUAGUUGUCAUGAGAAAUGUUAUUCCCAUAGUUGUGAAGUUCACAUACUUAAUCAAAUUUCUGAGCUAUCUGUUAAUCAUCUGCCCUCAGGAUAUGUCACUUUCACUCCCUCGUUACAUACAAUGUGACUUAAUUUGC